CUGUGUGUCCAUUGUGUUCCGUAUAAAACACUUUUACUUACAAGAUUUCGUGUUUCCGUAGUGUUUCCGCCUUUAUUAUCGGUAUAUACUGUAAUUUAUCUGUUGGAUCAUUAAUUGGAUUAAAGGAAUGAGUGGUAAAUCUUAUGAAUAGGGACUAUUUUUUUCAGUAUCCGAAUGUGAAACCGCCAAUUGCACAAGAUUUAGCCGUAACCCCCGUGAUUCGAAACUAAUAAUUUGAAAUAGCUAUCUUGUCUACGUAAAGAAGCCUCCUUGUAAAAAUCAACCGUAAAUAUGUGGAACGACCAAUCAGCGGCCGGGGGCGGAUUUUUCAAUUCUCCUAACCAGUUUGGCAAUGCAAACACCCCAAACCAGCCUCAAAAAACGGGUCGAAGAGCAUCUCGUACAGCACCCAUUGUAAUCCGCCAAGCACUCCACUGUGGUGACGACGGUGUAAAGAUAUGGGGCACAGAAAUACAAAUUGUAUCCCUGGUAGCGAGAGUCAGGAACAUUCGGAUGCAGAGCACCAAAAUUACUUACACAAUCCAGGAUGUGACGGGCAGGAUGAGAGCUGUACUCUGGUUGGACCAGGAAGCUAUGGAUGAGGAUGAUAAGUCUUCACCCAAAGUCAAUGUAAAUGACUACAUCCAAAUUUAUGGCAAUGUGAAAACCAAUAAAGGCAAAAAAGUUGUGAUGAUUUUCAAAAUAAUGCCCAUUACAGAUGUCAAUGCAAUCACAUUCCAUUAUUUACAAUGUAUUAAUAAUAAGGUGAAAAUGGAAGCAGAAUCAAAGAAGGAAAAACCUGUUGCAAACACCAACUCUACAUUCAACGGAGGUCUGCCCGCCAACUCAAUGGUGGGCAUGUCAGACAGUGGGGGCUCCGUCAACGGUCUGAACCCGCGCCAGAUGAUGGUGUUCAACCUCAUCCGGGCCUCCACACAGGAACAGGGUAUCAGCAAGCAGGACAUGUAUGCGUCGCUGAAGGAACGCAUGCCGCAGGUUGAAUUCGAAAACAUUCUGGAAUGGAUGUGCGGUGAAGGCCACAUCUACUCCACUAUUGAUGAAGAACAUUUCCGAGCUACUGAUGCUUUUUAAUUUAGGUAAUCAUAUACUUUCUGUAUCCCAUAUGCUGUUGAACGGCCAGUUAUUUUUGUAAUAAAAAAAGCAAGUUAUCAUGUA